UAUAUCAGUGCCACAUUACCACAUAGCAAUCAAUCAUCACUUCACCAGAAAAGAAAACGACUCCUCAACUCUAACUGGAACGUAUAUCUUCUUUGGAUUCUCUAAGAUUAUCAUGUCCAACAGUCUGCACAGAAAAUGGAGCACAACCCACAAAUCCAAAUUCCAAGACUCAAAUUGGGUACCCAAGGCCUUGAGGUAUCGGGUCUAGGCUUUGGUUGUGGGGGACUUUCUGGCAUAUUGAAUGCUCCUUUGUCACAUGAAGCCGGAUGCUCUAUCUUAAAGGAAGCAUUCAACAAAGGCAUCACCUUCUUUGACACAGCAAAUGUAUAUGGUCAUGGCGGUCACAAUGAGAUAAUGGUGGGAAAGGCACUGAAGCAGCUUCCUCGUGAGCAAGUCCAACUGGCGACUAAAUUUGGGUGUAUAUUUUCUGAGGACUACCUCGAGUUUCAAGUCAAAGGUACUCCAGAAUAUGUCCGGCAAUGCUGUGAAGAAAGUCUCAAGCGGCUUGAUGUGGACUACAUCGAUCUAUAUUAUCAGCAUCGGACAGAUACAUCUGUGCCUAUAGAGCAAACUAUGGGGGAACUCAAGAAGCUAGUGGAGGAGGGCAAGAUUAGGUACAUUGGCUUAUCUGAAGCCAGUGUGGACAUAAUUAAGAGGGCACAUGCAGUUCAUCCCAUCACUGCUGUACAAAUGGAGUAUUCUCUUUGGACUCGUGAGAUAGAAGAGGAUGUAAUUCCGCUUUGUAGGGAACUGGGCAUUGGGAUUGUUGCAUAUAGCCCCCUAGGUCACGGCUUCUUUGGUGGGAAAGCAGUCACAGAAAGCUUGCCUGCAGAAAGUUUGAUGGGUUCGCAUCCAAGGUUUAGUGGAGAGAAUUUGGAGAAGAACAAAGCACUGUACUCAAGAUUUGCUAACUUAGCAGCAAAGCAUAGUUGCACACCUCCUCAACUAGCUUUAUCGUGGCUUCUGCAUCAGGGAGAUGGUGUGGUUCCGAUACCUGGAACAACAAAGAUUAAGAACUUAAAUGGCAAUGUUCAAUCCCUAGCAGUGAAGCUUACACCAGAAGAUGUGAAGGAAAUCGCGGAUGCUAUCCCUGUUAGUGAAGUCUGUGGAGAAAGAGAGCAUGAAGUGAUGUCCAAGUACGAGUAUCGGUUAGCUAAUACACCGUUAAAGCAGUAACAUCACGUUUGUGAUAAGUCUUUAUGGAAUUAAUCACCAUCUCAUUUAAUAAAUCAACAAUUCUGUUUUCAUUAAGUUGAGCUUAUCUUGUAGAUGUCCAUGUAUUGUUACCCCUUGUUGAUGCGCAUAUCAAAACUAAUUAUUAUCCAAGCCAAAGCUAUCCUUUGCCAGUUGCUUGAUAACACAUAUCUUUUGUGCUUGAUUUUAAAAUACAUGAGGUGUAUUUGCCGUUGAGUCAUAUUGCAGCGGUGUUCAAUGUAAUUUACACUGAUACAAAAUAAGGUAAUUUGUAUAUUGUGGCA